AUGAAACUAUCCAUGAAGAACAAUAUUAUCAAUACACGGCAGUCUUUUGUAACCAUGCCCAAUGUGAUUGUACCAGAUAUUGAAAAGGAAAUACGAAGGAUGGAAAAUGGAGCAUGCAGCUCCUUUUCUGAGGAUGAUGACAGUGCCUCUAUAUCUGAAGAAUCAGAGAAUGAAAACCCUCAUGCAAGGGGUUCCUUUAGUUAUAAGUCACUCAGAAAGGGAGGACCAUCACAGAGGGAGCAGUACCUGCCUGGUGCCAUUGCACUUUUUAAUGUGAACAACAGCAGCAAUAAGGACCAGGAACCAGAAGAAAAAAAGAAAAAGAAAAAAGAAAAGAAGAGCAAGUCAGAUGAUAAAAACGAAAAUAAAAACGACCCAGAGAAGAAAAAGAAGAAAAAGGACAAAGAGAAGAAAAAGAAAGAGGAGAAAAACAAAGAUAAGAAAGAAGAGGAGAAGAAAGAAGUUGUGGUUAUUGAUCCCUCGGGAAACACAUAUUACAACUGGCUGUUUUGCAUCACAUUACCUGUUAUGUACAACUGGACAAUGGUUAUUGCCAGAGCAUGUUUUGAUGAACUUCAAUCUGAUUACCUAGAAUAUUGGCUCAUUUUGGAUUACGUAUCAGACAUAGUCUAUUUAAUCGAUAUGUUUGUACGAACAAGGACAGGUUACCUAGAACAAGGACUGCUGGUAAAGGAAGAACUUAAACUCAUAAAUAAAUACAAAUCCAACUUGCAAUUUAAACUUGAUGUUCUGUCACUGAUACCAACUGAUUUGCUGUAUUUUAAGUUAGGGUGGAACUAUCCAGAAAUUAGAUUAAACAGGUUGUUACGGUUCUCUCGUAUGUUUGAGUUCUUCCAGAGAACAGAAACAAGGACAAACUAUCCAAACAUCUUCAGGAUUUCCAACCUUGUUAUGUAUAUCGUCAUCAUUAUCCACUGGAAUGCAUGUGUGUUCUACUCUAUUUCUAAAGCUAUUGGAUUUGGAAAUGAUACAUGGGUCUACCCUGAUAUUAAUGAUCCUGAAUUUGGCCGUUUGGCUAGAAAAUACGUAUACAGCCUUUACUGGUCUACACUGACUUUGACUACCAUUGGUGAAACACCCCCUCCCGUGAGGGAUUCUGAGUAUGUCUUUGUGGUGGUUGAUUUCCUAAUUGGAGUGUUAAUUUUUGCUACCAUCGUUGGUAACAUAGGUUCUAUGAUUUCCAACAUGAAUGCAGCCAGAGCAGAAUUUCAAGCAAGAAUUGAUGCUAUCAAGCAAUAUAUGCAUUUUCGAAAUGUAAGCAAAGAUAUGGAAAAGAGGGUUAUUAAAUGGUUUGACUACCUGUGGACCAACAAAAAAACAGUUGAUGAGAAAGAAGUCUUAAAGUAUCUACCUGAUAAACUAAGAGCAGAAAUUGCCAUCAACGUUCACUUAGACACAUUAAAAAAGGUACGCAUUUUUGCUGAUUGUGAAGCUGGUCUGUUGGUGGAGUUGGUCUUGAAAUUGCAACCCCAAGUCUACAGUCCUGGAGAUUAUAUUUGCAAGAAAGGGGAUAUCGGACGAGAGAUGUACAUUAUCAAGGAAGGCAAACUCGCUGUGGUGGCAGAUGAUGGAGUCACUCAGUUUGUGGUAUUGAGCGAUGGCAGCUACUUCGGUGAGAUCAGCAUUCUCAACAUUAAAGGGAGCAAAGCUGGCAAUCGAAGAACGGCCAAUAUUAAGAGUAUUGGCUACUCAGACCUGUUCUGUCUCUCAAAAGAUGACCUCAUGGAAGCUCUAACUGAGUACCCAGAUGCCAAAACUAUGCUGGAAGAGAAAGGGAAGCAGAUUUUAAUGAAAGAUGGUCUGCUGGAUCUAAACAUUGCAAAUGCUGGCAGUGAUCCUAAAGAUCUUGAAGAGAAGGUUACUCGAAUGGAGGGGUCAGUAGACCUCCUGCAAACAAGGUUUGCCCGAAUCUUGGCUGAGUAUGAGUCCAUGCAGCAGAAACUGAAACAAAGAUUAACCAAGGUUGAGAAAUUUCUGAAACCGCUUAUUGACACAGAAUUUUCAAGUAUUGAGGGACCUGGAGCGGAAAGUGGGCCCAUCGACUCUACAUAGAACCGAAAAGCUGGUCAUUAACAGGGACAUGCCUCAUGAUCCUUUUGAUCCUAUGACUGACAUCAACUAAAAUUUAAAAGAAGAGGAAGACUCAGUUGGGAAAUUUUUCCAUGAG